CGCACGUCCUUAUCUGCAUAGCACGUGCGCUUGCAUAACAACGAAAUCACGAUGGGAUCACUCAACUUAUGCCGAAUUUGUAUUUAAGUAUGUAAUUACUUAGCUUUUACAGUAGUCAUAAAUACAUACAAAAAGCAAAUUAUUCCCUUAAUAGCCCUCACAACUAACAAUAAUAUUCUAUGUAGAAUGCCCCCGUUAAAAGUAUCGAUUCAAAAACUGGUACAAAUUAUUAGUCCCCACAUUAAGGAGGGGCCCUCACCGGAGAAAUUAUGCCAAGUACAUAUGCCAUAUAAUUUAAUUGAUUGAUAACAAGGCAUGAUGUUAAGGCCAAGCCAUGAUGCUAAGUUUUCAUCAUCUCUAAAUCUUUGUGCUACGUUAUCCUCGCUAAUUUCAAAAUGGUGCUCCAUGCAAACUUCCGCUUCCGGGGACAAUGGACCACUGCAUGUGUACGAGCUAAGAAUCGCCCUUACGACGGGUGGAUUUAAUGCGGCAGCUGAUGCCUUAAUUUCCAUGGAUAAGUACCAACUAGAAGUUAGAAGUUGGAGGUUCGGAGCUCUACAAAAAUUGGCCGAUUUGGAAAGAUAUUUCACUGUUUCUAUCCUUUUCGGAGUCGUUUGUUUUGGCGUAGCCAUAAUUUCUACGAAUUUAUACCAAUCCGGUGAUCAGCCGACACACCGAUCCGUCUCACCAACCAUUCGGAUAUCCCAUCAAAAUGGAAUUUCGAACCAUAGAAUCGAUCGAAUCAAUAGAUUCGUGUUGCAAGAACCAAUUUCAAAUUUUAUCGGAAGAAAAUCCCAACUUGUCGAAUUGCAAGAAUUAUUCGAGGCAAGAAAUAAGGAAAGAUUUAUCGUCCACGUGACAGGACCGGAUGGUAUUGGGAAGAAAGAAUUAUGUCGAAAAUUUGCACAAAAAAUUGAUCCUUUGAUUCCCGUGUCAUGGCUGAACGCGGAGUCAAGUAUUUUAUUGGUAAAUUCAUUAACGAAUUUAGCACUAAACAGGUUAAACAAGGACAGCAUUUUAGAUAUCAAAGUUAUCAUUGACCAAAUUGCCGUUAAGAUGAAGGCUACUUCUACUUCCGCGUGGAUAGUAAUACUUAGCGACGUCAUAAAUUAUGACGACGCUGAAUUCCAAGCUAUUCUGUUGACUUUAUUUCGAGCGGGUGCCUUCAUAAUUAUAACGGGCAGAUCACAAGUUAAUUAUAAUCCUGAAAAAAAUUUACCCAUCAAAGAAAUUCAAUUAGAUGGCUUACUUUUGGACGAAAUGGUCCAAUUAUUCCAAUCUGAACUAAAACCACUCGAUUAUAACUUUGGAAUAGAAAACGUCGUCAAAGUGUGUCACAUGGUUCAAUUUAACCCACUAGCAAUUCGUCUAGCAGCCUCCUACUUGGGUCGGAACGUUGGAAACGUUAACUAUUUUCUGCAAAAAUUAGAAACAAGUAAAAACAUGGACGACAUAUUUUUAAAAAUGGUAGAAUUAGCUAAGGAAAGUUUGAAAAAUCCAAAUUGUGACUCCAUCCUGGAAGUAAUGUCAUUUUCUUCCGGAAACGAAAUGGAUUUUAAAUUUCUUAGAAAAUUAUCAACAAAAUUUGAAACCACACUUCCCCUCUGCAUCACAGAAUUGUCAUCUUAUUCCAUCCUAAAUAUAAAGCGAUGGGAACAAAAUGACCUAAUUUUUAUCGAAUACCCGCUUCCCCUCAGAAGAGUACAUUUUAACUCGCACUCUAUACAAAAAUUAGACUCCAUUCUAUCCAGUAUUUCCGAUACAUUGCCAAGUUUCAAAACACCCCAAGAAAUCGUAGCUUUGACUAACACAUACAUUUCCGUGGUCACUUCCGGUUCAACCCGUUCCGAUUUAUUCGCCAAGUAUUCUCCACUUUUGAACGAAUUUCUGAACACUUUGUCCAACACCCCAAAUAUGUUACCCGUCUUGACUCAAUUAUCCUUAUUUGGAUACCAUCAGCUUACCCAAUAUUCCCGAAAACCGGGUAUCCUACACGAUAAAAAUUUUAUCACCAUGGAAACCAAUAUUGCUCAGGGGUUAAUGAAAAGUCACAAAUAUUACGAAGGCUUAUCCAUCGCACAUAAAUUACGAGAGAAAAGCCUUCAAUUACAUGGAGAAAAUCACGCUGAUACCGUAAAAUUAACCAAACUAAUUAAAUCCGGUGAGGCUGCCUGGCUUCAUGGUAAAGAUCCUUACCAGUUAGCGCAGGAAUUGGGUUCGAAUCCUGACAUAGCUAAAAAAUCAAUCCAUGAAAAAAUCACUCUGUUUGAAAAUAUUGCAAAUAAUUUCUUUGAUAAUGGAUUUUUUCAGGAUGCAAUUCACUACUAUAAAAUUGUUAAGGGGUGGAAAAUAUAUAAAUAUGGGGCAAAAUCUAGACACACUUUGGACACUAUUUUGCAGCUGGGAAUUUGUUUUAGCAACAUUAACAAAUUUAAGGAUGCUAUAACACAAUUCGAGACAGUGUUUGAUAAUAGUUUAGUUCUUUUUGGGGAGGAGGAUGACCUUUCCAUUGGGGCAAUGGAAUGGUUAGGCUUAACAUUGUACUCUUAUCAUGAAAGUGCUGCGGCGCCGGCGGAGGGGGAUAGUAAUGAUUUAGGGAGAGAUUUUAAAAUAAUGGAAAAAGUUGUCACCAUUUUGGAACGUAUUAAAGGAAAAGAAAAUGAAGAGACAGUUUUAUACAGAGAUAUGAUGGAAAAAAUGAAGGUGAAAUAUGUCGCUUCAAACUCUGCUAUUACCAAUUUAAAGAAAUAUACGCUUUGAAAUAUUGCUUGCUAGGAAGGCGACGUUCUCGUUAUUUUAAAAAUUUAAGGCUGUUAGGAAUAAUUAAAUUAUGAAACAAUUAUGUAGUAGUUUCACGUCGAAAUUUAUACGAUAUAAAAUAUUAUCACGUAUUUAUUAAGAUAGUUGUUUUUAACUUUUAUAUGUAUAAUUAAGACAUUUCAUUAGUCAACUUAAUAAGUCGAAUAAAUAUGCAUAGGAAUAUAUUUAGUUAUUUGAUACACAUUUUUAAUAAUUAAUCCAAUUUUUUAAAUCAUAAAU